GGUCGUCGGUGCUGGACACCCCUUAGCAUUUCACUUAUUGUAUUGCAUCAUCUACUCAUCUUGUGUUAAUUAAUGAACCGCCCAUUACAAACAGCUGUCAAUUUGCAGAAAGCCAUGUCGACGCAUGCAAAGAGAACAAAGCACAACAAGGCGAUGGCCGCCGCCGCCACCACCCCAGAGUUACUUGCUAGCCCUGUUCUAGAAAGGAACGGCAAACUGCUUCUGAGCCUGUUCAUUAAGCCCGGUGCCCAGUCUUCUGCAAUCACCAGCAUCGACAGCGACGCAGUGCAUGCGCGCAUAGCAGCGCCGCCGCGCGACGGUGAGGCCAACAAAGAGGUCAUUGUGUUUGUUGCCAAACUGCUCAAGGUGCCAAAGUCCAGCAUUGACCUUGUGUCUGGCCACAAGUCGCGCAACAAAGUAGUGCAGCUUCCAAGCGGUAUGACAGCCACAGCUGUGCUUGACAUGCUGCACAAUAGCCAGACGUGACUCGUCACCUAUAGCUUCAAAUAUAGGCGUUACACCAUCCUGCAUAUAUAUAUAUAUUUCCGGUGUUUUGACAUGCCUGCUUAAAUAAUAGAUGGCCACAGCUGCCUUUGGAAAAG